AUGGCCCUUGCGCAUUCUUUCUUCGAAAGCUUGAGAACGGGCUCGGAGAUACUUAUCCCAUCAUUUGACAAGAGCAAGUUCAACGGCGAGGGUGGGAGGACACCCAAAGAGACCUGGGACCGUGUCCCAGCUGGAACAAGGAUCGACGUUGUUGUUUUUGAAGGCUGGUGUGUUGGAUUCCAGCCACUGGAGAAAACGGCCGUUCGACAACGAUGGGAGGAAGGAUUACAGAAGCAGACUGGGUUGGAAUAUCCAACGGAAACCCUGAGGGAUCAUGCGGUUGGGCACUUGCUGGAUGUGAACACGCAGUUGUGCGGUUACUGCGAUCUUUUCAUGGGACCACAGCACUUGGAUUUCCUUGUUCAUUUGGAUACCGAUGAUCUGGCUAACGUUUAUCGAUGGCGGAUGCAACAGGAGCAUGCUCUCCGCGCGCGGACGAACGAGAGUAUGACUGAUGAACAAGUUGUUCAAUUCGUCAAAGGGUACAUGGCAGCUUAUGAACUGUAUCUUGACCAGUUGAGACGGGGAUUCUUUGCGUUGAGCGCACCCAAUGCCGAUAAUAAGGGCCACUUGCGAGUUGUUCUAGAUCAGGAUAGGACAGUAGUGGAUAUUGAUUUGUACUAG